GAGCAGCGGGACAUGCUCGCCCGUCUCCCCGGACUGGAGAACCCCACGAGCCCCCGGAUUCGCAGCCCCGCGAAUCUCGCCGUCCACCCGCUUCGGCCGCGGCCCCUUUGGCCUCGUGAGGAUGGCCCGGGUCCACGGGGGGAGAGUCCCCCUCCUGCUCCUGCAGGGCGCUCUCCUCGGAUUCGUGGCAGGGAAAGAAGUCAAGUCGGCGCUGCAGAGCCUCCCCCAGCCGAUGUCUCCCUCCGAUUUCCUGGACAAGCUGAUGGGCCGGACCUCAGGUUACGACGCACGCAUUAGGCCCAACUUCAAAGGCCCACCCGUCAAUGUGACGUGCAACAUCUUCAUCAACAGCUUUGGUUCAGUCACAGAAACGACCAUGGAUUAUCGGGUCAAUGUUUUUCUGCGACAGCACUGGAAUGACCCCCGCCUAACUUAUUGGGAAUACCCCGACGACUCUCUUGACCUGGACCCCUCCAUGCUGGACUCCAUCUGGAAGCCAGACCUGUUCUUUGCCAACGAGAAGGGAGCCAACUUCCAUGAAGUCACUACGGACAACAAGCUUCUGCGGAUUUUCAGAAACGGGGGAGUGCUGUAUAGCAUUAGGCUGACUCUCAUCCUCUCCUGCCCAAUGGAUCUCAAGAACUUCCCCAUGGACAUUCAGACAUGCACCAUGCAGCUGGAGAGCUUUGGUUACACCAUGAAUGACCUGAUCUUUGAGUGGGAGAAGGAGCAGGAGGCUGUGCAGGUGGCCGAGGGCUUGACGCUCCCUCAGUUUAUCCUGCGGGAUGAGAAAGAGCUGGGCUAUUGCACCAAAUCCUACAACACAGGGCAGUUCACCUGCAUCGAAGUGAAGUUCCACCUGGAGAGGCAGAUGGGCUACUACCUGAUCCAGAUGUACAUCCCAAGCCUGCUGAUUGUCAUCCUUUCGUGGGUCUCCUUCUGGAUCAACAUGGAUGCUGCACCUGCCCGGGUGGGGCUCGGCAUCACCACGGUGCUGACAAUGACCACCCAGAGUGCAGGGUCUCGGGCAUCCUUGCCUAAGGUCUCCUACGUCAAAGCCAUCGAUAUCUGGAUGGCCGUCUGCCUGCUCUUCGUCUUCGCCGCCCUGCUGGAAUACGCGGCGGUCAACUUCGUCUCGCGCCAGCAUAAGGAACUCCUGCGCCUGCGGCGGAGCCAACGUCGGCAGAGGAUGGAAGAAGAGUUGGUCCGUGAGAGCCGUUUCUACUUCCAGGGCUAUGGACUGGGCCAUUGCCUGCAGCACGUGAAAAGUGGCACGGCCAUGGAGAGCCCCAUCUACAGCCCGCCGGCGCCGGCCGCCCUCCUGCGAGAAGGCGAGAUGCUCCGGAGGCGCUACGUGGAGCGGGCCAAGCGCAUCGACACCGUCUCCCGAGCCGUCUUCCCCUUCACUUUCUUGGUCUUCAACAUUUUCUACUGGGUGGUCUACAAAGUGCUCCACCAAGCGGCCCCCUGAGCCGUGAGCGGGACCUGCCUUGCUGGCGGCUUCCUUGUGAGCUCCUGGCCCGGAGAACCAACGCACAAACGUCUACUCCUUUUCCCAAACGCCGCGCUGACAAAUUGGGCAAACUCUGCAUGAUGCUCAGGUGCGCCAAGGGGAGGUGUGGGAAACGGGCCCCCGCUCAGCAGGAUAGGAUUUAGGACCCCGUCGUGGGGUUGUCCUUCAUUUGCUAGAUUUGGGUUGCUCCCCUGAGGUCCAGGAAGCCUUGGAAGGACGAAAGAGCGGACGGGUAAAGAGAGAAGCUGUGGGUCACCCGGUCCGUCCCCCUGCCCAGCGCAGGCCUCUGCUCAGCUUUCCCUUAGAGGUGGUUCAGCCCCUCCCUACUUGAAAACCUCCCGCAAGGGGAACAGCAUCUCUGCAAGAUGUUCACACUGCUCGGCGGCAAUUCCCGAGAGGAAAUCCCUCCUGAGAGGACAUCUCCACCGUGUCGAGGGAGAAGGCGGAAGCAGCUUUGGUGGUCUGCUCAAGCCAACGGCGGUCGGCUGCUCCGAGAGCUUCUGGCAGGGCUUCGGCUCCAAGCCCCGAUUGCCCUGGGAGCCACCCUCCGAAGCCCCCGUGACUCUUUCCCGGUUUGCAAAGCAGCCUUGGGUCCAAUAGAACAAUGGCCUCCUGUGCUCUGGACACCGCUGUCCUUCAGGCAGCCCAAGAUUGCGUCGGCUUUUGAGCAGCUGCAACCCGGGCUUUGCCCUUGUUCGGACUGCGCUCCAUAUGUCCUCCUCCUCCUCCUCCUCCUCCUCCUCCUCUUCACAUGCCAAUCCAGCCCGACACCCAGAGUCAGGACAAUUUUCAGGAAAACAGGAUCUGCAAAGGCAGCACAGAUCUUUCAAUUUGCACCCGCCCAGCAUUCAGACCUGUCGCAGACCUGUUGAAUUGCACCGUGGCUGUCUAAGGUGUUAUUCAACCCCCUUACCUUGAUAUCCUUCCCUUCCAAUCCGUCCUCUGGGCCCCUUAAAGAGACUGUGGAGAGUCUGGUCGAGGAUGGCACCCCCAGGGCCCGUCAAUGGACAAUGCAAAGUCACUUUAGCUGACUGUUAGCUGCAGUUCAGCGGUUCAA